AGUUCCAAAAAUUAUAUCACCCAUAAGCACUUGUCAGUUUCAGUCCAGAGGACGGUUUAUUACAUUUGCAAAGUAAAGUUUUCGUGUUCUCUGACUCGGUCCUGAUUAUCUAGAGAUUAAGGGUAAGCAGUAGUGAUUCCAGAACGAUGAACACUACAAGAUUCAUCAAGUGUGUGACAGUAGGCGAUGGAGCAGUUGGAAAAACUUGCAUGCUGAUUUCUUAUACUAGCAACACCUUUCCUACGGAUUACGUGCCUACAGUCUUCGACAACUUCAGUGCUAAUGUGGUGGUGGAUGGUAAUACUGUCAAUCUUGGACUCUGGGAUACUGCAGGGCAGGAAGAUUAUAACAGGCUAAGGCCUUUGAGUUACAGAGGCGCUGACGUGUUCAUUUUAGCCUUCUCCCUCAUCAGUAAAGCCAGCUAUGAGAAUAUCUCCAAGAAGUGGAUCCCUGAGCUGAGGCAUUAUGCUCCAACUGUGCCAAUCAUCUUAGUGGGAACCAAAGUAGAUUUACGCGAGGACAGGCAGUUUCUUAGUGAACAUCCCAAUGCAACUCCGAUCACACCUGCUCAGGGGGAGGAACUUAAGAAAAUGAUUGGUGCAGCUGUUUACAUAGAAUGCAGUUCCAAGACUCAGCAGAAUGUAAAAGCCGUGUUUGAUGCUGCCAUUAAGGUUGUUCUGAUGCCACCAAAGCAGAAGAAAAAGAGGAAGAGGACAAGACCAUGUUUCUUUCCAUGGGAUUGCAGCGCCCUGUCUUUUUCCCAAAGCUAAAGUCUCGGUGAUCCGGAUACCCCUCUGCUCAAGUACCGGAUCAUAUUAUUUUUAGCUUGUCCAGAUAUGGGUCCGGGAUCGUUUUAUUCGGAUCUAAAC